AUGGAGGCAACCGAUGACCCGCAGGCGAGGCUGUCAGCCACACUCCAAGCUCCACGAUUGGUCGGUAGCAUGCUCAAGUGCUGCGCCUGCUUCGCCGCCAAGAAUCACCCAUCGCGGCAGGGCUCCCGCGACGAAACGGCCGAGCGACACAGCCUGACUGCAAUGCCGCGGCAUGACCCCGUCUCGUCCAGCACGUCGGCACUGCCCGUCUCGCCCUCGAAAGCUGGCCACGCUGCAAAGCCCUGCCAGGACCGCGGCAUCGUGCACUGGCCUUUCAACGGGUCGGAGAAUGAGGCGCUGCUGUGCGUCUUUGACGGCCACGGCAAGAACGGCGAGCGGGUUGCCGACCUUGUCAUGAAUGAACUCCCUAGUCUGCUGCAGGAGCGGGCAGCGGAGCUGCGGGCCGAGCCUAAGAAGACGCUCAUCACUGCGGUGGAGCAGAUCGACACUCUGGUGCUCGCCCGCGAUGGCGGAGAGUUUGCGAAAGAGUGCGGCACCACCUCGACGGUGCAGGGGUGCACCUUGAUUAGUCAAGAAUCCGUCGUGAACUAG